GUCCUAUAUUCAUUGAUUAUCAGCUACGUACUGUACAUAUAAGAAACAUGAGUUUCCUUCAUAGUUAGAUUUAACUAGUAUUAAUUAACCUAGUUGAACUGAAAUACCCAAUAGUAUUAUUGACGGCGAACAUUAUAUUAUACCAUUGACUCACAAAUUUAUAUUUCAGUCUAGACAAUCUCCCCUUCUUGGAGAUCUCAUCCGAAUAAGUAGAAUCUAGAGCCUUUCGACAAUGACCUUCAACGUCCUCAUCUUCGGCCACCGUCUCCCCGGCGUCUCCCCGGCCCAAUUCAAACAACGAUACGAUGAGCAUAUGUCCCUUAUACAAGAAAUAACAGGCGCAUAUUUCCCCCUAUCACACACGCGACGAUACAUUCAGCGCGCCGACGGACAUAACGCUAAAGUGAUCGCGGGAUCACAGGAAGAUUUCGAUUUCGAUGUAAUAGCGGAGAUGGUGUUUGAGAGUGAGGAGAUAUUUAAAGGGUUUUAUGAGAUUGUGACCAAGGAAGAUAAUGCGAAAGUUAUUGACGAAGAUGAGAAGAAGUUCUUUGACAGGAAGCGGGUGAGGGUCGUGGUGCUAGGAGAGACGGAGGUUACGGAGCGGAAGGUCUAGGUAAUUACAAUUUAUUCUGAUUUGAGUACGUGUAUAUUAUUCAUUAUUCAUUAUUCCUCUCAGUGCUUUGUUAUACAUGUUAUACAUAUAGGAACGAUUAGUUAGACCCGCAAUCUAUCUAACUAAUGCAUAUUCUAAAAUACAGCAUGUCUUCACUUAUUAGAAGUUCAACCCUUAUCCCACAUCCCCAGGGC